UCUAAACAACAGGAUUGUGGGGGCUUUCUCUGGACUGACUGGCAAAGGGGUGGCUUUUGAAAACAAACCAAACGGAUAUCCAUCUUUUAGGAAGACCCUGGAACGUGCCUGUUAAUUCUGCCAAUUUUCUAUGAACAGAAAUACCUGAGAGAGAAGAACUGGUUGGUGAGUCUCUCUGGAAGUGGAGGAAGUCGCUCAAAAGGGGCUGUGUUUUGUAAACGGCGCCCCAGAGGGGCCGAACUACUUCGGUCUGGAGGAAAAAGACUCAGGAACUAAGGAAAGUGGAGGGUGCAUGUCUAGCGUAAUUUCAAGGCUUUUUCCAUCCUGUCUGAUGUGGCAACAAGGGAUUUAUUUAAUGGGGAUGUGUUCAAGGCAAGAGCGAAUUCAGAAGGAUAUCGACAUCGUGAUCCAGAAGUCCAGAGCCGAGAAGGACUGCCUGUUUGCAGAUUUCAGAUACUCAGACUCCACCUUUACUUUUACCUACGUUGGCGGCCCCAAAAGUGUGUCAUACUCAGUACACGUAUCCGAAGAUUACCCAGAUAAUACAUACGUGUCAAGUUCAGAAAAUGAUGAAGAUGUACUAGUUACUACAGAGCCAAUUCCAAUAAUUUUUCAUAAAAUAGCAACAGAAUUAAGAAAAACAAAUGACAUUAACUGUUGCUUAUCCAUAAAAUCGAAAUUACAAAAGGAAAAUGGCGAGGAGUCAAGACAGAAUAGUACAGUGGAAGAAGAUUCUGAAGGUGAUAAUGAUUCUGAAGAAUUUUAUUAUGGAGGACAGGUGAACUAUGAUGGGGAACUGCACAAGCAUCCACAGCUGGAAGCUGAUUUGUCGGCAGUGAGAGAGAUAUAUGGGCCACAUGCAGUUUCUCUCAGGGAAUAUGGAGCCAUUGAUGAUGUAGAUAUUGAUCUACAUAUUGAUGUUAGUUUUCUUGAUGAGGAGAUUGCUGUGGCUUGGGAAGUAAUUCGAACAGAACCUAUAAUUGUUCGACUACACUGUUCACUUACACAGUAUUUAAAUGGUCCAGUGCCCACUGUUGAUGUCUUUCAGAUUUCCACAAAAGAACGAUUUGGAUUGGGACAUCAGCUAAAAAAAAUCAUGCAGACAUUUGUUACACAGCAGUGGAAACAGAGCAAGGAAAAAUCCAAUUGCCUGCACAAUAAAAAGUUGUCAGAAAAGAAAGUGAAGUCUCCCCUGCAUUUAUUUUCUACUUUGCGCAGGUCGCCAAGUUAUCCUCCCCCUGGUUGUGGUAAAAGCAAAUCCAAACUGAAAUCUGAGCAAGAUGGAAUCUCCAAAACGCAUAAGCUGCUACGGAGGACUUGUUCCAGCACAGUCAAGACCGAUGACGUGUGCACUGCAAAGUCGCACAGGACCUUUGGUCGCUCCCUGUCCAGCGAUCCCAGGGCUGAGCAGGCGAUGACAACAAUUAAAUCACACAAACUCUUGAACCGUUCCUGCCCUGCAGCCGUUAAGCAAGAGGACUGCCUCACUCUAAAGUCACAUAAACUAUUGACUCGAUCUUGUUCUGGAGAUCCACGAUGUGAGCACAACACCAACCUAAAGCCCCACAAACUGUUAAGCAGGUCUUACUCCAGUAAUCUCAGAAUGGAAGAAUUAUAUGGACUGAAAAAUCACAAAUUGCUUAGCAAGUCCUACUCCAGUGCCCCCAAGUCAUCCAAAACUGAGCUUUUCAAGGAACCUAACGCAGAGGGCAGGAGGCUCUCUCUUACCUCAGGGCUUAUUGGUAUCUUAACACCAUCUUCAUCUUCAUCUUCCCAGAUUGCUCCAAAUGGUGCAAAAUGCGUUCCAAUACGAGACCGUGGCUUCCUAGUGCAGACAAUUGAGUUUGCUGAACAGCGGAUCCCUGUAUUGAAUGAAUACUGUGUGGUUUGUGAUGAGCCACACGUGUUUCAAAAUGGCCCUAUGCUUAGGCCCACUGUGUGUGAACGGGAGCUGUGCGUAUUUGCUUUUCAAACCCUGGGAGUCAUGAAUGAAGCUGCUGAUGAAAUAGCAACUGGAGCUCAGGUAGUGGUAGAUCUGCUGGUCUCCAUGUGUAGAUCUGCGUUGGAGUCUCCUAGAAAAGUUGUCAUUUUCGAGCCAUAUCCUUCUGUGGUAGAUCCUAAUGAUCCUCAGAUGUUGGCCUUCAACCCCAGGAAAAAGAACUAUGAUCGAGUAAUGAAAGCACUGGAUAGCAUAACUUCUAUCAGAGAAAUGACCCAAGCACCAUAUCUGGAAAUCAAGAAGCAGAUGGAUAAACAGGACCCCCUUGCUCAUCCCCUACUGCAAUGGGUUAUAUCAAGUAAUAGGUCACAUAUUGUGAAACUGCCGGUUAAUAGGCAAUUGAAGUUUAUGCAUACUCCACAUCAGUUUCUUCUUCUCAGCAGUCCACCAGCCAAAGAAUCCAAUUUUAGAGCUGCUAAAAAACUCUUUGGAAGCACCUUCGCAUUUCAUGGCUCUCACAUUGAAAACUGGCACUCUAUCCUGAGGAAUGGUCUGGUUGUUGCUUCUAAUACACGAUUGCAGCUCCACGGUGCAAUGUAUGGAAGUGGAAUCUAUCUUAGUCCAAUGUCAAGCAUAUCAUUUGGCUACUCAGGGAUGAACAAGAAGCAGAAGGUGUCAGCCAAGGACGAGCCAGCUUCAAGCAGUAAAAGCAGCAAUUCAUCACAGUCACAGAAAAAAGGACAGCAAUCCCAAUUUCUGCAAAGCCGUAACUUAAAAUGCAUAGCCUUAUGUGAAGUGAUCACCUCACCUGACCUGCACAAACACGGAGAGAUAUGGGUUGUCCCAAAUACCGAUCAUGUCUGCACACGAUUCUUUUUUGUCUAUGAAGAUGGCCAAGUGGGAGAUGCAAAUAUUAAUACACAAGAAGGAGGCAUUCACAAAGAGAUCCUCCGAGUAAUUGGUAAUCAAACUGCUACUGGUUAAAGGACCACCAUUUAAUUAACAUGAUUUGAAAGCCUUCCUCGGGUUCAAAGCUGGAUUUUGAACUGAAGAAGAUGAUAAAAUAAUUUAUUGUUAUUAUCAACAAAUUUAACCCUUUGAAUACUGAUUUUUUUUCUUAGUAUUUCUAAGUAUCUCAUUAAAUACCUAAAAUGGUAUAAAAUUUAUCAAUUGUAGGGUUAUGGAAUCUAGUAAUAAAAUUAAAACAGCACUUAAACUGAAGUUUGGGUUGCUCAUACAAUAAACAGAUUGAAAAAACA